AUCCGCUAGGAGGAACCAGGAGGGAUCCAUGCCCGUUCCCAGCGUGGAGAAGGAAGCAGUCCGAGAGAGAGACACACUCACGACGGGACUUAACCAACGCAGAGGAGGAGGAGAAGGAGGAGAAGGAGAAGUGUUUGGCUUUUUACUUCGAAGAGCUUCCUUACAUGGGGGACGAGAAAAAUGACGUCCACCGCGAGCGAGAGGAGGGCGUUCGCUCAUAAAAUCAACCGGACGGUAGCUGCAGAGGUCCGAAAACAAGUGUCCAGAGACUACGGCUCUCCCCUGCUGACCAAGAAACGAGGAGGCGCACACCAGCCUCUGCCCCUGACGGAGGUGGUGGAGCCGGUGGACUUUGAGGAGUAUGUGAGCAGUCACGCUCCCGGGGUGGAGCCCGGUCCGCUCAGACAGCUAACGGAGUUCCCCCACGACGACCUGGAGCUCCUCCAGCUGGACAAAGAGUGCACGACACUGGAGCCUCCGCUGCCCGAGGAGGACGACGCCCUGGAUCCCAGGGUGAGAGACGCCCUGGCAGUCUACACAGAAGACUGGCUCGUCAUUCAAAGGAAAUAUCUGCCCUACAGCACCACGUACACCCCUCACAACUCUGAGCGCCAGAGGGAGAGGCAGCGCGGGUUGGUCAAACAGACCUUUGAGCUGGAUGAGGCUGCUGCUGCUGAGCGCCAGGACGACCAGGAUGACGCAAAGCGCCGGUCGGUCAGCCUCGACGAGACCCCCCGGGGGAGCUGGGCCUCCAGUAUCUUUGACCUGAAGAAUUCCUCCCCGGACGCUCUCCUGCCGUCCGUGCUGGAACGUGCGGCCGCAGAGGAGAUGGACCGGCGUAAUACCGAGGCACGCCUGCAGGGGCGCCACAGCGCCCUGCUGGGCCUGUACCCGCCCCCCGAUGAGGAUGAAGCAGUAGAGCGAUGCUCUGUCCCUGAAGUGCCCAAGGAGCACUGUGGCCAGAGAAUCAUGGUCAAGUGUCUGUCACUGAAGUUUGAAAUAGAAAUUGAGCCGAUAUUUGGAACACUUGCCCUAUAUGAUGUCAAGGAGAAGAAAAAGAUCUCUGAGAAUUUCUACUUCGACCUGAACUCGGAUCAGAUGAAAGGGCUGCUCAAACCCCACACACCUCACAUAGCCAUUUCCACACUGGCGCGGUCAGCCAUUUUCUCCAUCACUUACCCUUCUGCUGAUAUCUUCUUGGUCAUCAAGCUUGAGAAAGUCCUUCAACAAGGAGACAUUGGAGAGUGUUGUGAACCCUACAUGGUCAUGAAAGAGUCCGAUUCGUCCAAGCACAAGGAGAAGCUGGAGAAGCUGCGUCUGCAGGCGGAGCAGUCGUGCGGCCGUCUCGGCCAAUUUCGAAUGCCUUUUGCCUGGACGGCCAUUCACCUGCUGAACAUCGUCAGCAGCGUGGGCGGUCUGGAUCGGUCGGACCCCGACUCUGACUCUGAGCGGAAAGGUCACGGGACGUGGAAUGAGAGGAAGAAGAAGGGCUUUGAGCGGAUGAGUGUUGGAGAUGAGCUGUGCAACUUUGCCACUUUCCGUCCAGCAACACUGACCGUCACCAACUUCUUUAAACAGGAGGGGGACAGGCUGAGUGACGAGGACCUCUACAAGUACCUGGCAGAUAUGCGCCGACCGUCCUCCGUUCUGCGCCGACUGAGGCCCGUCACAGCCCAGUUAAAGAUUGACAUCUCUCCGGCUCCGGACUCGCCUCAUUACUGUCUGUCACCUGAGCUGCUUCACGUGAAGCCGUACCCCGACCUGCGUGUUCGCCCGACAAAGGACGUGCUGGAGUUCCCUGCUCGCCACGUGUACACGCCCCAUACCACCUACAGAAACUUGCUGUAUGUUUACCCACAAAGUCUGAACUUCAGCAGUCGUCAGGGCUCAGUGAGGAACAUUGCUGUGAAGGUCCAGUUCAUGGCGGGCGAGGACCCCGGGCAAGCUCUGUCGGUCAUCUUUGGGAAGUCGAGUUGUUCCGAGUUCAUUCGAGACGCGUACACCCCCAUCAUCUACCACAACAAGUCUCCUGAGUUCUAUGAGGAGAUUAAAAUGAAGAUUCCUGCCAACCUGACAGACAACCACCAUCUGCUGUUCACCUUCUUCCACAUCAGCUGCCAGACCAAACAGAACACUCCUCUGGAGACGCCUGUGGGCUACACGUGGAUCCCUCUGAUGCAGCACGGCCGACUCCGCACCGGCUCCUUCAGUUUGCCCGUCUCGGUGGAAAAGCCCCCGCCCAGCUACUCCGUGCUCACCCCCGACGUUCAGCUCCCGGGCAUGAAGUGGGUGGAUAAUCACAAAGGCGUGUUUAACGUCGAGGUGACGGCGGCCUCCUCGGUUCAUACUCAGGACCCCCACCUGGAUAAGUUCUUCACUCUAGUGUACGUUCUGGAGGAGUACUCCUUCCCCUUCCGCCUGAAGGACGUCAUCAUCAGCGAGGCGAACAUGGAGGGGGAGCUGAAGGCCAGCAUGGCUGCGUUGAGAGGAGCUCUGCUGGAUACCUGUGUCAGGUUCCUGCACCAGCUGCUCAACAAGCUCAUUCAGCUCAUCAUCUACCCACCGGUCAUCGCCGGGCAGAUCGUGAACCUGGGCCGGGCUGCAUUCGAAGCUAUGGCCUUAUUGGUCAACCAGAUCCACAAGAACCUGGAGGGCAACCAGGACCAACACGGCCGCAACAACCUGCUGGCGUCCUACGUCCACUACUGCUUCCGCCUGCCGACCGCCGAGCCGACGGUGCCCCCAGCAGCCGGCGCGCAGUCCUACGACAUGCCGAUGCAAUACGCCACCUUGUCGAGGACAACCGUCCGGCCGAGCAGCCUCCAGCUGGCCCGCUCCAAGAGUAUCAGCAACUCCAACCCGGACCUGGCCAGCACCCCGGUUUCUCCCGACGAGGAGGUGCAGAGGAUCAUCGCCGGCAAGGGUAUUGACCGUUCCCACUCCUGGGUAAACUCUGCUUAUGCCCCCGGGGGCUCCAGAUCUGUGCUACGCCGAAACCCAAACUCCAGCUGUGAGCUCAAGCAGGCAAACCACCGCAGCUGCAAUCGCAUGUCUGCCUAUCUGGACAGCGUGGCCUUGUUUUCAGUUCCCACAAGGCAGAUUACAAAGAAGCUGCUGCACGAGGAGCUGGCGUUGCAGUGGGUGGUCAGCACCAGCUCGGUGAGGGAGGCGGCGCUGCAGCAAGCCUGGUUUUUCUUCCAGCUCUUGACAAAGAGCAUGACCCAUCACUUAUUCCUGACCUCCAAAUUGGACGUUCCCCGGCGUCAGCGUUUCCCAGACCGCUUUGUGGACGACGUCGCUGCACUUGUGUGUGCCAUCAGUGCAGACAUCUCCACUCGAUACCACAAGGAUGUGGAGCUUGUGGAGAGGCUGAAUAGCAGUCUGGCCUUCUUCCUGAACGACCUGCUGUCUCUCAUGGACCGGGGCUUUGUGUUCAACCUCAUCCGCUCCUACUACAAACAGAUUGGCAACAAGCUUCACACGGCGCAGAACCCCAGCGCUCUGAUCGCCCUGAGAGUGGACUUCACUCGCAUCGUCUGCAGCCACGAGCACUACGUCGCCCUCAACCUGCCGUGCUCCACCCUCAGCCCUCCGGCCUCCCCCUCACCCUCCACCUCCUCCACCACCUCACAGAGUUCUGCCUUUUCCAGUAUGGUGCAAGACCAGGGAGUGGCCACCAUGUUUGAUCUCUCCGUCCCUUUCCGCCAGCAGCACUUCCUGUCCGGGCUGCUGCUUACUGAGCUCGCGCUCAUCCUCGACCCCGAUGGAGAAUGGGUUUUCUUCCUUCAUAAAAAGGCCAUCAGUGCUGUCCACUCCCUGCUGUGCAGCCACGAUGCAGACCUUCGUUACACUGACCCUCAGGUCAGAGCCCACAUCGCUCAGCUCUACCUGCCUCUCAUCCCCAUCGUCAUGGACACGUUUCCUCAGCUGCACGACUUCUCUGACCCCUCUCCUGCUCGGUGCCGCCACGCUUCAGCCCACGCCGACGAUACCGACCCAGACAGCGGCAACACUAUCAGUCAGUCUGUUGCCAUGGCGAUUGCCGGCUCCCCGUUGCCGCAUGUCAAAGCCAACCCGUUUGCGCUGCCCACAGCGGCCGGGCGCCAGUCCAACUCUCUGUCUGCCGAGUGCAGCAGGACUCUGCUGGUGAGCUUCCUGUGGGUUCUGAAGAAUGCAGAUGCUGUUCUCCUGGAGCGCUGGGUGUCCGAUUUAUCCGUCCUGCAGAUCAACCGCCUGCUGGAUCUGCUGCAUCUCUGUGUGUCCUGCUUUGAAUACAAGGGGAGGAAGUCUCUGGAGAGGAUCAACAGCCUGACGUUUAAAAAGUCUCAGGACAUGAAGGCCCGACUGGAAGAGGCCAUACUGGGAACCAUCGGGGCUCGUCAGGAGAUGGUCCGCCGCUGCAGGGAAAGGAGUCCCUACGGAAGCCAAGAGAAUGUCAGGUGGAGGAAGAAUGUCACUCACUGGAGACAAAACACAGACCGAGUCGACAAGACUAAAGCUGAGGUGGAGCAGGAGUCGGUGGUGGAUGGCAACUUGGCCACUGAGGCCUCUCUGAUCGUACUGGACACACUGGAGAUUGUAGUCAAGACUGUGGUGGCUUCAGAGCUAAAGGAAAGUGUUCUGGGUGGAGUGUUGAGAGUUCUCCUCCACAGCAUGGCGGGCAACCAGAGCGCCCUCUUCCUGCAGCACUGCUUCACUACACAGAGAGCUCUGGUCUUCAAGUUCCCAGAGAUGCUGUUUGAAGAGGACACGGAGCUUUGUGCCGACCUGUGCCUGCGGCUCCUGCGUCACUGCAGCAGUAGCGUCGGCUCCGUCAGAAGUCACGCCUCCGCUUCUCUUUACCUGCUCAUGAGGCAGAACUUUGAGAUUGGAAAUCAGAACUUUGCUCGAGUGAAGAUGCAGGUCACAAUGUCCCUCUCCUCACUGGUGGGAACGUCGCAAAACUUUAACGAGGAGCAUCUUCGACACUCGCUCAAGACGAUCCUGACGUACGCUGAAGAGGACCUGGAGUUGCGCGACACGCCCUUCCCAGAGCAGGUCCAGGAUUUGGUGUUCAACCUGCACAUGAUUCUUACUGACACGGUCAAGAUGAAAGAGCAUCAACAGGAUCCAGAGAUGCUCAUUGACCUGAUGUACAGGAUUGCAAAGGGCUACCAAAACUCGCCUGACCUGCGUCUGACGUGGCUCCAGAAUAUGGCAGGAAAACACUCGGAGAGAGGGAACCACGCCGAAGCGGCCCACUGUCUGGUCCACAGCGCAGCGCUGGUGGCUGAAUACCUCAACAUGCUGGAGGACUGCCGCUACCUGCCAAUUGGUUGUGUGACGUUUCAGAAUAUUUCGUCCAACGUAUUGGAAGAGUCCGCCGUAUCCGAUGACGUGCUCUCUCCAGAGGAGGAGGGGAUUUGUGCUGGGAAGUACUUCAGUGAGUCCGGUCUGGUGGGCCUCCUGGAGCAAGCGGCUGCCUCUUUUAACAUGGCCGCCAUGUACGAGGCCAUAAACGAAGUGUACAAGAUUCUGCUGCCCAUCCAUGAAGCCAACAGGGACUUCAAAAAGCUCGCCACUGUGCACGGCAAGCUGCAGGACGCCUUCAACAAAGUCUACAACCAGAGUUCAGGAUGGGAGAGGAUGUUUGGGACCUACUUCCGAGUGGGUUUCUAUGGCUGCCGGUUUGGAGACCUGGAUGAACAAGAGUUUGUCUACAAGGAGCCAUCCAUCACCAAAUUAGCCGAGAUCUCACACAGACUGGAGGAGUUCUACUCAGAAAGGUUUGGGGAUGAGAUGGUUGAAAUUAUCAAGGACUCCAGCCCGGUCGACAAAAACAAACUGGAUCCCAACAAGGCCUACCUCCAGAUCACCUACGUUGAACCAUUCUUCGACACGUACGAGCUCAAGGAGAGAAUCACCUACUUUGACAAGAACUACAACCUGCGUACCUUCAUGUACUGUACUCCCUUCACACUGGACGGCAGAGCCCACGGCGACCUGAACGAACAGUACAAACGCAAAAGCAUCCUGACGACGUCUCACGCCUUUCCUUACAUCAAGACGCGCAUCAACGUCAUCCACAAGGAAGAGAUCAUUCUGGUCCCCAUGGAGGUGGCCAUAGAGGACAUGCAGAAGAAGACUCAGGAGCUGGCCUUCGCCACAAACCAGGACCCUGCAGACGCCAAGAUGCUGCAGAUGGUCCUGCAGGGCUCCGUGGGCACCACAGUCAACCAGGGCCCCCUCGAGGUGGCGCAGGUCUUUCUCUCAGACAUUCCUGAUGAUCCAAAGCUGUUUCGCCAUCACAACAAACUGCGCCUCUGCUUUAAAGACUUCACUAAGAGGUGUGAGGAUGCCCUGAGGAAGAAUAAAGCCCUGAUUGGACCCGAUCAAAAGGAGUACCACAGAGAGAUGGAGAGGAAUUACAAUAAACUAAAAGAAGCUUUAGGUCCUCUCAUCAACCGCAAGAUCCCCCAACUAUACAGAACCCUGCCGGCUCUGGCUACACAAACACAACGGAACUCCUUCAGUCGGUCCAGUCUCCGCAGGGCUGACUGUUGAAGGACAACAAACCGGACGACAACACAGGAAAACAAGCUUCAGAAAUUACCCCCCCCCCUCCACCCUCCCAUCUGUUCCCCCUCUCCCCAUUGACUGCACACCAACUGUCGCAAGCACACACACACACACACACACACACCGUCCUCUUCCUCGUCCAGCUCGUUAUUUUCCCCGCCCACCCCGCGACGCCAUAAUAUCCCCCCCCAAGCACCUCUGCCACCACACACACACACACACACUCACACUCGUCACCUCUCCGCCUCUCCCACCUCUGUAGGAGAAAACCCCGUCUGUUUAUCUGCACUGUAAACAGCGGCGUUGGGAGCGCGGCUCCGACCUCCCUGCGUUUUAAACCGAGCUUUAAAAGUGGUCCUCUCGGUAAUCUCGCUGAGCUUGAUCGGGAUGAACUUAAGUUUUUACAGGACUAGAACUGACAAACACGUUUUGCAUCCAAAUCGUUUUGGGCUGGGGGGGAGUUUGUUCAUCUGUUGUUGUCUUUUUAAUCUCUUUUGCUUCUAGUGUUUGCUUUUGAAGAGACUGUAGUUUGUCUGUUUUGUGUCGAGGCCUUAUUUUAUUUGUAAAAGAUAUUUUUUUCUAAACUAUGUCUGGCCGUAGUCACUGCCAGACUUAUUCAAUAGUCCCAGGGAGUUUUAUUUUGUUAUCAACAGACCAAAUAACUGACAUUCCUCCUUCCUCAAGUUGUCCCUUCUAUCUGCCCAUCUCUCGUCAUGAGAAUGAAUUAAUGAGCGACUGUGGGAUUGUUUUCCGGCAGGAAUGAACUGCACCGGCAGUUUGAGAAGAAAGCGUUAUGUUAGUGGAGAAAAGGCCGAGAUGGGACGUUAAAUCGUGUGAUUUUUAAACUGUGAAAUUAUCUUUGAACGCACUACAGUCACAUCAUGUUUAUCACAGAAGCACCGGCGUUGACCCCCCCCCCCCGCGGUGCAGUCAGAUAACUGAAUUCAUUAUUACAUUAUGUGUAGUUCAAGUCUUCUUUUACCUGCGUUUGAUCUGCUGUCACUCCUGUUGUUUUGUAUGUGUACAGUUCUCUGGUUUUGGCGUGUUUGGCUGUUCGUUGUAGCUAUUUCCAACUACUGUUUCAAUUAUAUUGCACUAUUUUAAACUAACUGCAGCACAUUAACACUUUUAUUUUACAAGGCUGGAAACUGUUUUUUACCAACUACAUGCAAGGACAUUUUUUUAUUUAUUGUCUUUUAUACUGCCUUCUAUUAAAUUUCUCUUCAUACGC